GAGUACGAAAUGAAACUGUUCGCUGUCAACGAACAAGGAGACAGUGAGCCAGAUGUUAGAACAUUUAAGACAAAGAGUGGUAUGUACCUUUAUUUAAGACUUCUCACUUUACUUUCGGUAGAAUUGUGUCAAAUGAAAUAAAAGAAACACUGUUGGGUCCUAAAUACAGGAGUAACACUGCUUUUCAUGAGGCGAAUAAUUGUGAAACUUUGCGACAAAAGGUUUAAUACUCAUGCUGCAGCUUUCAUACAAGAAAAAUUAAUCAUUUGCCCAACACUUGUUUACUAUCGUAAUCUUUGAUUUGGUCGUAAAUUACAUUCAUGAGACUUGUUACUAAUUUUUAAGGCUAGAAAGAGUUGUUCAUCAAUGUUUUAUUAACCUUUCUUAUUAUACCAAUAUUGUUAAGUAUUAGUUAGAAUAAGUGUUUCACAGUUUUAGAGACAAAGUUUAAAAAAGAAGCAUCAUUUUGAACAGGUUUACCUGAGAAACCAUCCAUCACAAAUACAGAAAUAGAAGUUGACAAGGAUCUCAUUGUUACCUGGUCAGAGGCUGAGGCCAACAACAGUACUUGCAGCAUUAAAUACCGUCUGGAAUGUUGGAAACAAUUCAUGACAGGAUCCACAAAAAUCUUUCAACAAGGAAAUAUUGUUGAAACUCGCCACACAAUAACUGGUCUUGAGUAUGACACAGAGUACGAAAUGAAACUGUUCGCUGUCAACGAACAAGGAGACAGUGAGCCAGAUGUUAGAACAUUUAAGACAAAGAGUGGUAUGUACCUUUAUUUAAGACUUCUCACUUUACUUUUGGUAGAAUUAUUGAAAUGAAAUAAAAUAAAUGCUGUUGGGUCCUAAAUACAGGAGUAACACAACUUUUCAUAGGGCUAAGAAUUGUGAAACUUUGCGACAACAGGUUGAAUAUUUAUGCUGCAGCUCUCAUAUAAGAAAAAAUAAUUCUUUGCCAAACAUUUUUUACUAUCUUCACCUUUGAUUUGGUCGUAAAUUACGUUGAUAGGACUUGUUAAUAAUUUUUGAUGCUGGAAAGAGUAGUUCAUCAAUUUUUUUUUAACCUUUCUUAUUAUAUCAAUAUGUUUAAUUUUAUUCAGUUGGUAUUGAUUGCCAGCCAACAAUUUGGAAAUGCAUGCCUCUGAAAACGAACAAUUCAGUGAUCAUUGUAUGGAAUUAAAAAUUUUAAUUGUUAGUAUAUUACACUUCAUAAUUCUAAACAACCUAUCUGGGAGAGAGUCUAAUUGGUACUGUUUGGUUUCUAUGAUUAAAUUCAUUGCUGAGAGACCAAGUGCGGUGAAAGAAAAGCAACAACUGGCGCUUGUCAAUGUUCCAUUGACCCCUUUUCGGCAAGAAAUAGAAAUAACAAUGAGUCACAACUUUCCCCUAAUACCUAAUAAAGUUAAUAACCCCCUAAUAACAGUGGGAAAGUUGAAAUAAAGUUGAAGCAGCCUAGAGCUUGAUAAAAAGAAGCAACGAAGGAUGCUUCUGAUGCUUUACUGGCUCUCCUUGACUACCGCACAACUUCUACUCAAGGCCUUCACAGAAGCCCAGUACAACUGCUCAUGAAUCGAUAAAAUGUGCUGGCCGAGAAGUAUCUUUUACCUCCCAGAGUUGAAAAUGGAAGAGAUAACUAGGAUGAGUCUAUUACCAGGCUGCAUCCAAAAAUAAUAAUCACUGAAGCAUCAAAUAAGGGCAGAUUUGGAAUUUGAAGCUAUGGGGUGGUUCUAAAUAUAUAAAAUAUAAAACGUGCAUUUCGAGCUUAUAAUUUUUUUUGGAUCUGACAUGUUAAGACCCGUUGCAUUCAUAUUACUUGUUGAAAUGAUUAAACUGACGUGUAUUCGUGUUUUAUGUAGUUAAAAUAAGUAUUUCACAUUUAUCAGAGACAAAGUUUAAAAGCAGCAUCAUUUUGAACAGGUUUACCUGAGAAAGCAACCAUCACAAACACAGAAGUAGAAGUUGACAAGGAUUUCACUGUUACCUGGUCAGAGGCUGGGGCCAACAGUAGUAAUAGAGUUACACGACCCUCUAGAGUUUCAGCUCCCGUAGAGUUGUCUGGUUCCUGUGGGGUUCUGUAUGAACAGUUUCUCGGCUGCACUGUACCGUCAGUCAAUUUCAAGGUUAGUUCUUGCCCUUCCUUUGUCUGAACAGUGUAAGGAUUGGGCUCGAAGUUAGCAGCUAACUUUCCAGAUUGCUUGGUGUUCUUGAGAAGAAUCUUGUCUCCAUGUGUCAUUUGGUUGUCGACAGCUUGCCGUUGUUUGUCACCAUACCUUUCGCCUGCAAGCUUUUGAUUCCAGUCACGAUCUCUCGAGCUCUCAUCCAGAGCACUUUUGUUUGGACGCAGUUCUGGAAGCUUUUUCUUCAAUUCUCUUCAAAACAUAAGAAAUGCUGGGGUUGUCCCUGUGCUACUGUAAGGGGUGGUUCUAUAGGCCAGCAAGAAUUCAUCCAAUUCAUCUUUCCAUUUCUUCCCUUCUACUUCAGCUACCUUGAGUGAUUUUAGCAAAGUUCUGUUCUGUUGCUCUACUUCGUCAUUAGCCUGAGGCCAAAUGAUUGGAAAGUUCUGGUGCUGGAUGCCAUGUGUAGCCAGGAAGUUUUCAAACUCCUCUGACACAAACUGCGGUGCAUUGUCAGACUUAAGGCUGAAUGGGUAUCCAUACCGUGUUGGACCGAUCGUUCUAUUCGUGCACAUGGCUUUGAAGACUUGUUGUAAAUGCACUGCGAAGGCUUAUGGUCAGUCUCCAACUCAACCUCUCGACCGAAAACAUACAGCUUGAAUCUCUCACACGCCCAUACUAAGGCAAGACCUUCUUUUUCUGUCUGGGAAUAUCUCCUUUCGACAUCGGUAAGAUUUCUUGAUGCAUGGGAAAUUACUCUCCACAGGCCAUCUUGUAGCUGAGUGAGGACAGCUCCUAUGCCUGUGGGACCAGCAUCAGCAACAAUGCGUGUCCUGCAUUCGUUCUUGAAGUAAGCAAGUGUUUCUGCUCGGGUUAGCAGAUCUUUCAGUUUCUGGAAAGAUCUCUGUUGAGCAUCUUCCCAUAUAAACUGUUGGUCUUUUCUCGUCAGCAUUCUGAGCGGUUCGGCAACUUGGGAAAAAUCUGGCAAGAACUUGGCAACUGCAGACACCUUCUCUUCACUAGGAGCGAUUCCUUUACUGCUCAAGUCAUGUCCAGAGAAUGUUAAUUUUAGAAGUCUGAACUGACACUUCUUAUUAAGAGUCAAUCCACGUUCUCUGAGACGGCGCAGAACAGCUAGCAGAUUUUCAUCAUGCUCCUCGAUUCCACAUCCAUGGAUGAUCAGGUAGUCAGCAAUAUUUGCUACUCCUUUACAGCCAAUUAACACAUCUUUGACAAUUUUCUGAUAUUUCUCAGGAGUUGAGGUCCAAACAUUAACCUCUUGUAUUGAAAAAGACUUCGCUGUGUAAUGAAGGUUGUAAUACGACGCGAUUCAGUUUCAAGUUCCACCUGGUGGAAGCCCCACUGCAAGUCUAAUUUACUGAACGCUGUUGACCAAUCUACGUCAUGUAGAACCUCUUCAAAAGUGGGAAUAGGGUGCCUUUAUAUUUCGAUUGCCUCGUUGGUUCUUCUCAUAUCCACUCAGACCCGUUUGUCUCCGUCAGGUUUUGGUACUACCACCAGAGGUGAGACCCACUCUUUUGGACCACUAGGCACUUCCUCGAUGAUGUCUUCUUUCAGCAAUUCACCUAGUUUCUUGUCGACUUUGUCUCUUAAACCAAAGGGUAACCCUCUGACAGGCUGUGCAACAGGCUUAAUAUCUUUGUUCACAUGCAACUUAAGCUGAAAAUUUUUCAAUUUACCCACUCCAGAAAAAACAUCAGCAAAGUUCUUAACAAUGUCCACAGAAGUUCCUUCACUUGUGAUUGAGUAUGCUUGUGGUGGGUUCAGAGGUCCAACUCUCAACACAUUCAGCUUCUCAGCUGAAUCCUUUCCCAGCAGAGAUUUACCAUGACCUUCAACAACAGUAAACUCAUCCACACCCUUUUCUCCUGACUCUUCACAAUGAAUUUCACUCUCAAAGUUCCUUCUAGCUCCUUCUGAACGGUCUCUUCCACUAGGUUUCUUGAUUGAAUUUUUCUUGCAACAAGCCGCAAAGUGACCACUUUUACCACAUUUAUUACAAGUCUUGUUUAAUGCUGAACAGCUCUUGUCCUGUGGAAGAUGACCAGUUCCACCACACCGGUAGCAUUUCCUUUCUUUUCCAGGUUUCUUUCCUUUUGUCCCCUUUUUCUUUGCUUGUCGAUCAUUCGGAGACAGUUUGUCCACCUGCUCAGGUCUUUCCAUAGACUGCAUUUGAGUGUUAACAGCUUCAUGGACUCUUGCAGUCUCUCGCAGCACAGUCAAGGUUGCUUCACUUGUUUCUCAAGCAAUUUUCAACGAAGUUUUGGAUCUCUGCAUUUUUCGAUGAUCUGAUCACGGAUGGCUUCAUCCACGCUGGGAAACUCACAGGAUUCUGGCGCAUACGGCACACAAAUUGAUCGAUAGUUUCCCCUUCCAUCUGUUGCAUUUGGCGGAAAACAUGUCGCUAAAAUGGAACAUUAACUUUCGGUGUAAAAUAGUUAUCCAGGACUGCAACGCAAUCGUUAAAUGAAGUAUCUUGAUCUUCAGACACCCGAGUGUAAUAAAUUUCUUGUAACUCAGUAUCUCCUGAAUGUAACAGCAACGCUACUUUCUGCCCUUCAUUGGUUACUCCUUUCGAGGCCACAUACAGGUUAAAAGUACGUUUCCAUCGUUUCCAUCGAACAGACAACGAGUUCGGCUCUCCCUUGGGGUCAAAGCAAGGAAGGUCACGGACCUCCAGGAUCUGUUUUGCACUCGCCCCACCUGAGUUGGUGGACGAUGGUGCACUUGGGUUGCUUUCUUGUUCAACGGGUGUUCCAAUCGCGGGCAUGAUUUCCUUCUCGAUAAAAAUUAUAUCACGAAUUUAAUUUUGGAACACUUGGAAAAUCAUCCUCGUCGCCAAAUGUAAUGAUGGUCUGUUAAUACCCAGAUAAGUGCAGGUAAACUCAACAGGUUUCUUUCUUUUCUUUUUUUCUUUUUUGGGACCAAUGUCUCUAUAUAACAGUAACGAAAUGUCUAAACACUACAGUAAGAACACUGUAUUUCAAAUGAACAGAUAUGCUAAGACUGAUUGAUAGUUAUAUCAUGGUUGAUAAGAAUUGUUGGCUUAUUUAAGCUUGAUAUGUUUGAACAGGGGGUGAAGGGGGGUGUUGCACAGGUUACAUGCACAUCAAAAAGUUUAGAUUAAUUGCAUCACAAAAUAAUGAGUCAACGUUUAGGUUCACGUAUUAUGAAAAGCAAAAAAGUUCACAGUUCAUGGGGUUUUACUUUCAUAUUUUUACAGGUCGCAAAAAUUAAAAACACUUAUUCCCGCAUCAUGAAAAAAGCCUUUUCACCCCUCUACAAUGUCGAGGAUUGAAUAAUAAUAGAACAAUGACCUCAAGCACAAGGAUAUUUUUGGCUAUAUUAGUUAUUGAUCUGUUCAUUCUAGGAAGAAACAUAAGUUGUGUGCAGGUCAUGUACAAGUGAGAAGACUAGUCACUUGAGAAACUCAAGAAGACUAAAUGUGAGAUUUGAAGUGUUAAGUAGAAACGGGAUGGCAAUUAAAUUGUGUCAGUUAAGAAGAUUUUCCAAGAGUUGCAAAACUUACUGUGGUGCUCUUUUCUGUUGUUAGUUUAGUUUACUUGAUAAAAACUGAAAGAGGAUCAAUUUUUAAACGAGUACUAAAUUAUUACUACCAUAAUCUAGCUCUCAGAUACAUGCAGUAUAUGGGCCUAUUGCUUUUUUGCUUGUUUGAUUGUUUUUUUUGCUUUUUUAUUUAAUUCUCUAUCGAAUAAUUGUGGUUUUUUUUAACCAUUUAUUGGACUGGAAGAAAGGGAUUGUUUUUUUCUUGAAUAUGUUAAGACUGUAACUUUGAAGAAUAUUUAUGGAGGUGUAUAAUUGAAGUCACUAAUAAUCCUUUUACUGCACUACUUUGAUACACCUAAUAUUACAUGUACCUCCAUUAAACUAUAAUCGUUAUUAUAAAGAUGAUGCUAGUACUUCCUCUAAAAUCAGGCGGAAAAAUUACUUUGUCCUGAUUUUGAUUACAAAAGAAUUUGUGGAUCUGGAGAAUUGGUAUAUUACAUGUGUUAAUUGCAUACUGUGGCAAUUAACAUGCCCUUCAGUAUAUACUUUAAUUUUCAACUGAGAUUAAUUGUUCAAUUUAUUUUAUACAUAUAUUGAGAGAGGGAAAACAACAAAGAGACUAUAAUUUCAUCCCAGUACAAGCCUGUUUCAUGAUUACUCACUCAUCUGGGGAUUCUAUUGUCAAGAAUAUUCGCAACCAUCAUUUAUAUACUUUACUAAUUUGCAUAAUAGGCGUGGCGGUAAAUGUAAAUGCUUUGUUCAUCAGUUGUUUCGCAGUAAUGCUUUGUUUCUGUGGCGGCAUGAGGACACGAGUUCAUUAUUUUUAUUGAGUGAUGAUAAUUCAUGUUGGCAAAUGAUAAGUAAUUUUUCUUUGAGGCAGAGGUUGCAUCUUCUGCUAGCACCAUUGUGGGGUGAUGUUGAAGAAAGGAUGCACCAUGAAAUAAAUUGGACAAUGUUAUAUUCUUUAGGGGUCCAGAUAUAUCGCGCUCUUCUUUUACAUAUCGACACUGUACUAAGUAAAAAUAACUUACUAUAUAUAUAAUACAUUUUAGUUGAUAGAGCUCCCCCCCUUCAAAGUAGCACUACAAUUUCUUUAGAAACUUGCCCCUUAUUCAUUGCGUUUAAUUUGUUGAUUUUUGAAAGAAAUUGAACCACCAUUCAGCUUCCCUCCUGGAUGCUUUUUAGUCUUUGUGGCCAGUUCUUUCUGUAAAGGAAAUUUUUGUCGAGUAAGGAAUUAUUAUGAUUUACCCAAAAACAAAUCAAAGUAAUGAACUUGAUAAUAAGUAUUAAUCCUACAUAACUCUUAUGUGUAGUAAAAAAGCUGGAUUGAUUCAAGACCACAAACACAUGCACUUAUCAUGAGAUUUUUAUAAAUAUUGAAAAUUAGUUUAAGUCUUCACAAACUUUUCAGGUAAUUUGACAUAAACAUUAAUUGUUUCACAUUUUAUGAUAAAGUAGAAUGUAGGUCACUGGUUCUCUCUUCUCGGGUGAUGGAGGAUCAGAAGUGGAGCUUAAUUGUAGUCAGUGAUAGCAUCCAAAACAUUUCGAAAACAGCAAACAAUUUAAUGAAUGAUUUAAAUGAUUAAGUGUUCUAAGCACACCAGAUCAAUGGUUGAUAGCCUGCCCUGCAUUCAAACACAAAGUCCCUCCAGUUAGGCUACAACCAUUGUCCUUUGUACUUUUAUACCACUAAAAGUCUCUGCCUUUUAGUUCUGCAAUUUGUGCAAAUGGAAAAAAAUCAGUGAAAAAAAAUUGAUUUAAGAGUGCUGCGUAGAAGUUUAGUUCUAAGGUGCCCAAAAAAGUAGACUACCAGAGUUCCUUGUAGCAUGCUAAAUUAAUUUUUUUCACUGAUUCUUUUUAUAAUUCACGAGAGAUUGCUCCGUGAUUCAGGCAAAAACCUCAUCACUUUAGUUGCUCCCCCCCCCCGGCUGCCUAAAAAGUUUCACUACGAAAAAUCUCACAUUGUAGGGAUAAAUUGAUCUUCACUAGGGCACAUGGCAUCAGCUGCUACACCAGCGUUUCCUUCUACCAAGGAGACAACCAACUAUGCUCGACUCUGUCGCCUUCUGGUGGAUGUUGGAUCCCAAGCCUUGAGAAACACUUUUGAUGCCAUUCACCCUCCAGUAGGACUUCAUAAAGUUUUGAGGCGUCACCCAGAGCAUGCAACACUUAAGUCUCUAAAGAGCAAGAGGGUCUUGAAUGCAACGCAAUGGGGGAAACUGUAUCCAGCUAUUCCAUCAUCUGUUUCAUCGGCAGGGUUUGAUAUCACACUACUGAUGGUUUUACUGAGGAACAUCUGUGGGAUAGCUCCUCCCAGCACUGGAUGGGACAGUCUUCCCCCGUCUACAGAUUUCAGUAAGCAGGCCAACAUCGCCAGGCUGAAAUACUACCGUAAUACUGUGCAUGGCCAUGCCAGCCAAGCCUCUGUGGACGAUGUUGCAUUCAACAACUACUGGCAGGAGAUUAGCAAUGCCAUAGUGGGACUGGUAGGAGCAGGUUAUGGAGCUGCUAUUAGUAACCUUCAGAAUGAGUGUAUGGACCCUGAUACUGAAGAACACUACAGCCAGCUGCUGAAACAGUGGAAGAAUGAUGAAGACAAUGUUAAAGAAAAGCUCCAAGAAAUUGAAGGUGCAAAUAAUUCGUACCUAAGAAUGUAACCUUAACAAAGCAAAAGGUGUCGGGGGAAUGACAAAAUCAGCCUCGGGCAUUUAGAUUUUUAUUGGUGUAGUUAUGUUUCAGUUACGACUUUUUAAUGUUACCCACUGGUAAUCUACAGUGGCAAUAAUCCACAUUGGCCAAGAAUACUCGAGCAAAUCGUCAUCUGAUCAGAAGCAAAAAUAGAACCAAUCACGAUACAAUGGUAAACAGACAGGUUCUGAAGAUUAAGAAAAAAAAAUCUCUAGAGGGAGUUAUCGCUUGGUUAAAUCACAGAUUCUCAAAAACAGGUUUAGAUAAAGAGAAAAAUUUUGUCUGGAGAAAGAAAUAUUCUGAUUCCCCAUGAGGAAUCGAACCUCAGACCUUCGGAUUCCGCGCUCCACUGCUGUAUCACUGAGCCACAGACGCUAUGGUUAGCUAGGCUCAUCACGCAGUUCCUAUAUGACACGCGUCCUGCAUGCUACUAGGAUCAGCAAUGUCGAUAGCAGCCUGUUUUUAAAUAGAAUAAGAAAGAUCGUAAAUAUUGAGCUCGGCUAAAGAAAUAGAGAAAGAUGUUUUUCAUCUUGUCACGAGCGUAGGAAAAACAAAACAAAACAAAACAAUAAAAGCAAAAGAGAGAGAAAAAACUCUAGAUAGUUACCAAUGAGUUCGUGGAAGUGAAAGGGUUUUUAAAUGUUAUGUUAUAAAAAAAAAAGGUAAGACUGUUCCAGGAAAACUAACGUGAUUUUUCACUCUCAGCCAGCACAUGGAACAUUAAAAAAGAUCUUAAUCAGCUGAGAUGCGAAGUAGGAAAUAUUGUGGAAAAAUUGGAUACGAUGACGUGGAUGAAACUCCAUCUCUCUCGCCUAACCUCUGAUCAAAAACUAAAUUAUGUUUUUGCAUGAGAUUAAUCGAUCUUUAGCACAUAUCUUUGUUAGCUUUUAACGCUUGUUUGCGCGUUAUUUGUACCUGAGAAGACAUUUCAUCCUUUCAAAGAGGAUUUAGACCCAAUUUCGAAAGGAAGUUCUAACUUACGAAACCGUAAAAAUGUUGUUAUCCUCAGAUAAAGUGACGAACGACUUUGACUGGAUGAGAACUGAAGUUGGAAAUCUAAAUGACAAGCUGGACACUUUAAUGGCACGACAACAUGAAGCACAAGAUCAGGGUGAAUUCUUAAUACCAUUUAUUACGUCACUUUUGCAAUUAAAAUUAACCUUUUACAAUUAAGAAGUAUGGGAGGUGCUUUAAAAUUUUCUAACCUAUCAACUGUCAAAGCGCAGUGAGGUGCAUAUUGCUGUAUGUGGUUUGAUUAUUUUAAUGGUUGAUGAAAAUGUACCACAACCCCUCCCCCAAAAGAAAGAAAAACAAUAGCAAGAAACAAUAAAAACGAAAAAAAAAGUAUCAAUGGUACUAAUACUCCCAAAUAAAUUAAAAGGAAUGAAUGAAAGUUUUUGGUUUUCUAUUGUUGGUUGUUUCAUAUACGCAUGAAAUACGAAUAAAAAAACUUGUUUCAGCUAUUUCUUUUAAAGUAAAGGGAAAAAGAAACCUGGACUUAUUUCAGACAAAUAUGUGUUUUGAAAUUUAGAAAAAAUGACAAAUGACAUUGAUCAGAUGAGAAGUGAAAUUGGAAACAUACAAGACAAGUUGUCAAGUUUAAUGAUGGCCCGACAAGAGGAAACACAGCAUCAAGGUUAGUCCCUACAGCAGCUAUGAAUUUAAGGGCGAUUCAUCUAUUGAAAUGCGGAGCUUCGGGAGAGUUAUUAUUAAGAGGGUGUUCACCGUAAGAAUGUUGCAUUUUUUGAGUGAACAACGUGAAAACAGAUUAAACCUAUAUAACCUCGUAGAACGAAACAUAAAGGCCCGGUCAUUUACACAAAGUUUGACCGUUGUUUAACAAAACCACGUCCUAAACUAUCUUCAAUUUAGCCGAACCUGUUGUCUGAAAAGUCAUUUUUGUGAAAAGUGUCAAGAGAGCCUGAAGCUAACUGCGGAAGGACAUUUAUUUACAUAAAUCAACCCUCUCCUAGGGAACGCCUAAGGCUUAUUAUGUAAAACCGUGGUUUGGGUUAGACCUCGUUUAAAUAACCGACUCAAAGUUUGUAAACUAACGUGGCUCACACUGCAAAAAAUGAAUUAGCCAAAUAUACUAACACAAUUUGGCAUACGAUCCCACGGAAAUUACGGACAAUACAGUAGAGAGGUACUGUUUGUUUUCAAUACACAGUUUAGACAAAAACUUGAAAGAAAAGUCUAAAGAUGGGCAAUGAAUAAUGCUUAAUUUUCAUUGAAAGUAGACUUGUGUCUUUUGAGUGCAAAAAGGUGCUCUUUAGAAGGAUUUGCAGUAAGACCUCUCAUCGCCGUUCGUGUAACCGGCGAGGCUGUCGUGUUUGGGUUCUGCCUUACAGCUCUUUUCCGGGUACAGCCGCCUAUUAGACCAUCGUCACCCGAUUAUGGAAAUAGUUACCUAAACCUCUGCCAAAACCAUUUGACAUGUUGCACAGCAGAGCUGGGAAUUACUGUCGCUCAUUAGCAAUGACAUUAAGUUAUUUUUGAAAAGUUUAUUGUUUUUCACACGCGAUCUAUUUUAAAUGGAGUGGCUAUUAGUUGAGGCUUCUAUUCCGCUAAUAAUAUUGAAAUGUUCAUCCUUAGGGGAAGUCAAAAAUUACCUUGAUCAAAUCAAAAUUGAUGUUGGAAACAUGAGUCAGAGGUUGGACGAUUUGGUAGCACAACAAAGAGAAACAAAGCAGCAAGGUGCGUACUGCUAACUAACAAUUGGAAUACGGGCACCAGUUGGAUUUUGAGGGCGAAGCUUGAGUCAACUAUCACGCAUGAAACUGAGAGUUUAAUUUAAAGUUUAAUUUAAUCUAAAAGUCAUUCAAGACUUGGAAGAAAGGCAGGCUCGUGUUUUUAUUGAAUAUUAAUACAAAUGGGCCAUCCCCUGUGCUGUUUACAUUCCUUUCUAUCUGUCAGGGAAUAAAUAGUGAGUAGCUAAGCCAAUCAGAUUGCAGCAUGUACGAUCGAACGUAUAUUUACACUAGCAGUUGUGAGUGGGAGUUAACUAAAGCGUUGAAAUAGAAUCGCGUCGUUAAAUCAAGUGAAUAAACCGUGACUUUAUAAGGAAGCGUGGUACAUUCUUUCACGUUUUCGACAAUAAUCCUGUUAAAUCAAAUUGCUCUCGACCGUGCACUUAAGGCGGGAAAUGCCUCUAGUCGAAUAAUCAUGGGGAAUUGCAGAGAUGUCAGUCAAGAAUGGCCGAGCUUAACAACGACAUUCGCGUACUUGUAAAGGAUAAUGAUUAUAUAAGUUAACGGUGGAUACCUCAGCUUUCAGUCAAAAGAAAGAGUCCCGACAAAGAACGGUCUCCUGAUAUUAAUUAGUGUUAGUUCAAUUUUUUCGUUUCCUACCUGAGGGUUAAUUUUUAAUAUCUCCUAUACCCUAAGGGUAUAGGGGUUACUUUUAAUCUCUUCUAUACCCUCUUGAGUAGUGUAUACCUGAGGGUUAUUUUAAUCUCUUCUAUACCCUCUUGGGUAGUGUAUACCUGAGAGUUACUUUUAAUCUCUUCUAUACCUUCUUGGGUAGUGUAUAUCUAAGGGUUACUUUUAAUCUCUUCUAUACCCUCUUGGGUAGUGUAUACCUGAGGGUUACUUUAAAUCUCUUCUAUACCCUUUCGGGUAGUGUAUACCUGAGGGUUACUUUUAUCUCUUCUAUACCCUCCUGGGUAGUGUAAACCUGAGGGUAACUUUUAUCUCUUCUAUACCCUUUUGGGUAGUGUAUACCUUAGGGUUACUUUUAUCUCUUCUAUACCCUCUUGGAUAGUGUAUACCUUAGGGUUACUUUUAUCUCUUCUAUACCCUCUUGGGUAGUGUAUACCUGAAGGUUACUUUUAAUCUCUUCUAUACCCUCUUGGGUAGUAUAUACCUUAAGGUUACUUUUAAUCUCUUCUAUACCCUUCUGGUAAGUGUAUACCUGAAGGUUACUUUUAAUCUCUUCUAUACCCUCUUGGGUAGUGUAUAUCUAAGGGUUACUUUUAAUCUCUUCUAUACUCUCCUGGGUAGUGUAUAUCUAAGGGAUACUUUUAAUCUCUUCUAUACCCUCUUGGGUAGUGUAUACCUGAGGGUUACUUUUACUCUCUUCUAUACCCUCUUGGGUAGUGUAUACCUGAAGGUUACUUUUAAUCUCUUCUAUACCCUCCUGGGUAGUGUAUAUCUAAGGGUUACUUUUAAUCUCUUCUAUACCCUCUUGGGUAGUGUAUACCUGAGGGUUACUUUUAAUCUCUGUUAUACCCUCUUGGGUAGUGUAUAUCUAAGGCUUACUUUUAACUCUUCUAUACCCUCUUGGGUAGUGUAUACCUGAGGGUUACUUUUAAUCUCUUCUAUACCCUUUUGGGUAGUUUAUACCUGAGGGUUACUUUUAAUCUCUUCUAUACCCUCUUGGGUAGUGUAUAUCUAAGGGUUACUUUUAAUCUCUUCUAUACCCUCUUGGGUAGUGUAUACCUGAGGGUUACUUUUAAUCUCUUCUAUACCCUUCUGGGAAGUGUAUACCUAAGGGUUACUUUUAAUCUCUUUUAUACCCUCUUGGGUAGUGUAUACCUGAGGGUUACUUUUAAUCUCUUGCAUACCCUCUUGUGAGGUGUAUACCUGAGGAUUGAUUUUUAAUCUCUUGUAUACCCUCCUGAGUAGUGUAUACCUGAGGGUUACUUUUAAUCUCUUCUAUACCCUCCUGGGUAGUGUAUAUCUAAGGGUUACUUUUAAUCUCUUCUAUACCCUCUUGGGUAGUGUAUACCUGAGGGUUACUUUUAAUCUCUUCUAUACCCUUUUGGGUAGUUUAUACCUGAGGGUUACUUUUAAUCUCUUCUAUACCCUCUUGGGUAGUGUAUAUCUAAGGGUUACUUUUAAUCUCUUCUAUACCCUCUUGGGUAGUGUAUACCUGAGGGUUAUUUUAAUCUCUUGCAUACCCUCUUGUGAAGUGUAUACCUGAGGGUUAUUUUAAUCUCUUGCAUACCCUCUUGUGAAGUGUAUACCUGAGGAUUGAUUUUUAAUCUCUUCUAUACCCUCUUUGGUAGUGUAUACCUGAGGGUUAUUUUUAAUCUCUUCUAUACCCUCUUGGGUAGUGUAUAACUGAGGGUUACUUUUAAUCUCUUCUGUACCCUCUUGGGUAGUGUAUACCUGAGGGUUACUUUUAAUCUCUUCUGUACCCUCUUGGGUAGUGUAUACCAAAAGGUUACUUUUAUCUCUUCUAUACCCUCUUUGGUGGUGUAUACCUGAGGGUUAUUUUAAUCUCUUGCAUACCCUCUUGUGAAGUGUAUAACUGAGGAUUAAUUUUUAAUCUCUUCUAUACCCUCUUGGGUAGUCUAUACCUGAGAGUUAUUUUUAUGCUCUUCUUUACCCUCCUUGCACGGCAGUCACGAUAUUCAUAUUCGUAGAUGUGGAUUUGCUUACAUCAAACUAAAAUGCACUAACGUUGUUUUAGAGAAACGUGAAGCCUAGCUUCUCCCCUGUUAUAGUCAAUUUUGGCAAGAGUGUUGUCUUCAACUAUCAAGAAUAGUUGCAAUGUGCCGAAGCAUGUAGACGGAACAGGUAGACCAUCAGUUGAAAGCGAUGUGUAUUCUCUUGAUUAUCUAAUCAUCACAGUUUCUGGUCUUAAAAAGUUCAAAACCGUUACCUGAAUAAAGGAGGUUUGUCUGAGUUAGCCUUAAAUAGGUCUAGGCCUUCGAUCAUAGAGGUAAAAUCAGCUUUACCAGUGCCGCUUUUAAGGCAAUUUUUGAGUUUCUUCUUUUUAUAUGUUUUAAAUUGUUCCUGUUAUAUGUUGCUCUAACAUUUGGCUAGGACUAUUUGUGGACCUUGUGUUAACGAUUUACCGUUGUCUUCUUUAAGACAUGCAUUGUUUCUACAAAGAAAAUAAGCUUAGCGUACCGCCCCUUAGGUUAUUUCGAAUUAGUGAAGUGAAAACCUUCAUUAAGUUUCUUCGAGGAAUUUCCCAGGACUCUUGUUUUUGGACAAUGUGCGAACAAAGUAGUGUUGCAUCUGGAAAAUGAUUAGAAAUGUAAUUAUGGGAAGUUGCAGUUUUUUCCAUUUCAGUCGGAAGCACGGGUUCAAAUUUCAUCGAAGCCUGAACCUUUUCACAGGUUUCUUCCUGUAACUUUUAAAAUUAUCGCUUACCUGUGGGUAUCAUGGCUUUAUUUAUGACAGAAUGGUAAUAAAUAACAGUCACUGGCAUUGUAGAGGAUCCAAGCCUCAAACUUUUGGAUUUCGCGACUGAAUAUACUUCAAUUUUACCAACUGAGCCAAAGAGGCAAGUUGGGGAGUUAUCUCAUCUGCCAGGCUGAUUUUUUGACCAAAAUCUUGCAUAUAGUUAACAUGACGCCGGGAAAGGAAGCGGGCUAAUAAAUUUUUUAGGAUUUUUCGUAAAGACUUUGCAAAGAUCUCUCACAUGGACCUGUUUCGCCCUGAUAACUUCCUUAUCAAUUUUAAAAUCAGAAAUUAUCAUAUGACAGUUGAUAAUUAGUAUUUAUGUAAACGAUCUACCAAAUGUUUGUCAAAAUUGUUCAACUGCUUGCUACGUGGAUGACUAAGCUCCUAUUGUCUUUUACGGUGAACGACUCUGCUUGGAUCACUCAAAGUGUUAAUUCCGACUUGCAACAGAUUCGCAAUUCAGUGGUGUUUCGACAAUUGUUUAACGCUUAAUCCAGAUAAGACGAAACUAAUGGUUUUUGGCAGCCGAGGAAUGUCUUCGAAAUUACUGGACUUUAAAUUAUCCCCACUAGGAAAAGACAUUAACCCGGCUCAAUCAGUCAAAGACCUUUGAGUAAUUUCUAAUCCCACGCUAUCUUUUGAUAUUUGUAUCGUCUUGCAUGUCGAAAUUAUCUCAAAUAAGCCGUAUUAGAUUCGUUUUCGAUAAAUAACUGCUUAAAAUCAUAAUAAAUGCGCUUGUUUUCAGUAAACUAUGUUACUGUUCAUCAGUAUGAUCAUCCACCUCAGCCUGUAAUAUUCGUAAAUUGCUAUACGUUCAAAACUUUGCCGCGCGAACUAUCUGCAACGUAAAGAAAUAUAACCAUAUCUCUCUUGUAUUAAAAAACUUACGUUGGCUCCCUGUAAAAACACAACUGUAUUGCGGAGAUGCUACUUUAACAUUCAAAUGUAUGACGGAUUAAGCCCCGGAAUACCUAACAUUUCUGUAUAUAACAAGAGGCAGCGUAUCUGAAAGUAUAACCAGAAACUUUCAACGACUAAACAUUCCUCCUUUUAAAACUGCAACAGGACAGAAAACGUUUUAUUGUAAAAGUGUAUCUAUCUGGAACAAGUUAGAUUCAAGCCAUAAAUUAUGUAAGAGUUUCGCUUCCUUUAAGAGAGCUCUAAAAAAUCACGUUUUGAAUGAAUUUUUAAACUGACCAUAUUUUAUUUAAAGAUAUAUAAUUCGUAUUAUAUUGAGCGUAUUUUAAUUUGUAAUCCAAUUUCUUCAUUGGAAAGCCCCAGAUGGGGAUGUGUUCUGUAAAUGUAUGUAAAUGUAUGUGUACUUUUCCCGUCUAAAAAAGGCAGCGAUGACGUGAUUUUUUGCUCACACAGGUUUGAAUAGCUUAAACCCUCUAAACUCAAAUGUGAAAGAACAGAAACCAAUUUUUUUAAAAAAGAUUCCUCAUUAACACGUUGACCGAACGCUAAUCAAUAUGAUAUUUGAUACGUUUUGUUCACCUUUUUCGUCACGAUACAGAAUCAUUUGUCAGAAUUUAACCGUUUAAAAUGUUUAGAAAAUCAAUUUGUGUGUUCUUAAUGCUCUACCCUGCUAUCUUUUCUUUUUAAAAUUGUUGAAAUCUAAGAUUUAUGCAUAAUUCUACUGUCGCGUUAGCAAAAUCACCAAAAGUUUGAAGUCACUAAGACGGAGAAAAUGAAUAAGUGAAAGAUGUUUUUACAUUUCUAUAAUUUCGAACAUCUUAUUAGAAGAAAUCCACCGCAGUUUUCUAUGGUCUGGUCUGGACUUGAGAAAUAUCACCCAAGAAAGAAAGAGUACCUUUGACCGAUUUAAAAAAAAAUCGGCUAACGAGUGUUUUUAAAUAAAUUAUGGCUAACCUCUGAAUGAACACAUAUCAAAAUUGAAUGCCUUCUAAACCCCUUAUAUAUCACAAAAUUUAGGAACACAAACGAUUUCUUGCUGCAUGCGGUGUGUUACGAGGAGCAAGCUUGUCAACUUUUGAAAUUCUUGAUGUCGCAAGAGGUCAAAAAAGGGCUUUUUGCAGCUCUGACUAUUGAGAGCUCUCAAAAAAUUUUUUGAACGUAUUUCCAGAAACCGACGUGGUUUUAUUUACUUACUACCAAAGAUAAUUUAAUGGGCAAAGUUUGAGGCAAAACUUUUCUCUGAUGUGAAAGGCCUUGGACCACUCUUACAGAGAUCACCACUUAAUUGAUACACAAUAGCGUAAGAGAUUGACUUCAUAACCCAUUAAAUGCAGCGGAUAUUGAUCAUGUUGAGUUCAGAGUCUGCCUAGUUUCCAAGCCCCUCGACCGUGUAGUGUUCUCAAAAUUUUGCACCCUCAGAGAGAAAUGUUUUAUUUUUCAGUUGUUUUCAAAAUGAAAAAAACAUCUGUUUGAUUCUGGUUUUUUUUUUUUUUCAUGUUAUUAUGAAUUAUCAAACUUCGUGUCAAUAAUAUCUGCUUCAGCCUUCGGCUUCGUCAGAUAACUCAGACCUAAGUGGUGAUAUUUCACGAUAUCAUUCUCAGUGUCAUCGUAUAAUUGUUUAUUUUUCCGAGAGUCAUGGCGUCAUAAAGCGUGUCGGUAAGAAUGCCUCAUAAAACUAACAACUAAUUCUUUUUCAGAUGGAUUUGACCCAACUGGAAUUAUUGAUAAUAUUCGUCAACUCUACAAAAAUCGGGAAGGUUGGCUGGCACCGUUUCCCUGGUGUGAAGGUUUUCACUUCUCCUUUGACGAUAUCUACACCAGACCAGUCAUCUACAGAAAGAAAACGAAAGGAACAGCAACAGACCGAGUUGUCACGAUGUCUGAAAUCUUCAACCAGCACGAAGAAUGUGAAGAACCAAGAGUAGUGUUAAUUGAAGGGAAGCCUGGUAUGGGAAAGACCACUUACUGUAAAAAAGUUGUUUUCGACUGGGCCUCAGGAAAACACGCAACCGGAAAUUGCUUCGCAAACAUCGUAAUAGUGCUUUUGAUCAAAUGUCGUGAUGUUCAGUCUGGCCUUUGGGAGGCCAUUGAAGAUCAACUUCUGCCUCGAGAAGUUGGUGAAGACCAACGUGAGAGAUUCUUCGACUUCAUUCGCCACAAUCAGUCUAAUGUUCUUCUGGUACUCGAUGGAUUGGAUGAAGUUUCUGAGAAGAAGCUACCUAUGUUUUCAGAAAUUAUUCAAGGGCGAGUACUGCCAAACUGUCGCGUGGUUGCUACGGCACGACACGAAGCUGGAGUCAAAGUUCGAAAAUACUGCGACACUCUGUUAGAAGUUAAGGGAUUUACUAAAGAAGAUGUACAAUCCUUCAUCAGAAAGUACUUCAAAGCCGAACCAAACUUGGCCAAGCAGCUUAUCGCACACCUGUAUAUUGAUCGCAAGUUAUAUGAAGUAUUGACGAAUCCUCUCAACACUGCGCUUCUUUGCCUGGUCUAUGAAGAUUUGAAAGGUGUAUUUCCUGAAAGCAGAACGAAGCUGUACAUGGAAAUGGUGGAGUGUGUACUAAGGAGGUACAGAACAAAGCAGCAACUACCAGAGAUCGGUGAAGACCUUGUUGACCUUUACGAAAGCCAGUUGAAACACCUUGGUUCGAUAGCUUUGAAAGGUUUACUUGAAGACAACUUGGAUUUUGACGAGAAGGAGCUUGGAAAACACAAAGCAAGCGAUUUACCUGGAUUUGGAUUUCUGUCAGUUCAGCCUGGAGGCAGUAAAUUAAGUCCAACUAGACGUUACAGCUUUCUUCACAAGACUUUCCAAGAAUUCUUCGCAGCGUUCUAUCUCAGUUGUCAGUUUAUCCAGAAAGAAAUCAGUACGAACAGCAUAGCUGCUGACAAAAAAAAUAUCGCCAUCAACUGA